GAUUUUUAUGUUUGUGAAGCGGAGCCUAGCCGGAGUGAUCAUUGUUGAUUGAGUGCAGUGGUAAUGAGUGUCGUCGUUGUCAAAACUAGGGAUGCCUCUUUUCGUUUGUCGCUGAGAAUGUCGUCUGGUGCCAGCCCCACCACUAACACCACAUCAGCGCAGAAAGCUGCUGCAGUUGAGCUAGCUCAAAUUGCAGGCCUUCCGCCGGGAUGGGAUGUUCGGUCCACGACGGACUGGAAACUUUACUUCGUCGAUCAUGACAAGCAGAAGAACCAAUGGAGGCACCCGGUGGACAAGGUCCGGCGCAACAUAUCCAGAGACCUGCCAACUGGUUGGAAGAAAGAUAGAGAUAGUGAUGGUAUACGUAUGUAUCGCCAUGAAUCAGGGGAGACGAUGUACAUGGAUCCGCGAAUAGUGGUGCUGUUUGACGAGAACAGGAUCUACCUACCAGCCAGUUCAGGCAAGGCCAAGCCGAUACGAUCAACUCGGCGAGGACGUUUGAGCAGGACCAGUGCAACAAAGGUGUCAGUUGGAAACCCAACAGAAAAGGUUCCCCCUGUGGAUGGACGGCGCCCACCCGACGACCCGGAUGAUUUAACAUCACCAAUGGAUGACAUUUUUGAUAGGUACUCAACGGGCAUGCAGGUAGCAAAGCAUCUCGCCAAGCCACGGGAAGGCCAGUGUGCCGUCAUCACUGGAGCCAACUCUGGCAUUGGAUUCGAGACAGCGCGAUGCUUGGCACUGAAUGGUAUUCACGUGGUCAUGGCAUGCCGUAGUGUGGUGUCCGCGUCGGACGCAGCAUUUCGCAUCCGUAAGAUGAAGGACGGCUGUCGCAUUGACGUAAUGGAGCUAGACCUAUCUUCUCUACAAAGUGUACAUCGAUUUGCCACAGACUUCAAGCAGAGAGGCUGGCCCCUGUCCAUUCUAAUCUGCUGUGCGUCAGUAAUGGGUCUGCCGUACGCGGAGAACAGCGACGGUGUGGAGAUGCACUUUGCAAUCAAUCAUCUCGGUCAUUUCUACCUCACCAAGCUACUCACACCCACACUAUGCCGGUCAGCUCCUUCUCGUGUCAUCGUAUUGUCAUCAGAACUGCACAGAAUAGCUUCGCUUGCUGGAUGCAGCGGUACAGUUGACUUCGACCGCUACAUGCCAUUGCCCCAGAGUAACUACUGGCCGCUCACAGCAUACAUACAGAGCAAGCUGUGCAACUUGCUGUUUGUCAAGGAGUUGCGAAAGCGCAUGGAGCGCAAUGCUGCGAAUGUGUCUGUUGUGGCUGUGCACCCGGGCAUGACGUCAUUCACUGCACUCACGCGCCAUUCCUGGGCAUUGAAAGCGGCAUACACUCUACUCCGGCCGUUCUUCAAGACCGUUGAACAAGCUUCAGCCACUGUGGUCUACUGUGCCCUGAACAAGAACAUAGCCGAUAGUGAUGCACUGUAUUACACCGACUGCAUGCAGGCUGAGCCCGCUGUGGAAGUGACCAAGUCCAAUCUUGCGGAUCGCCUAUGGAAGCUUAGUGAAAUGCUGUGCAACGCCUCGCUGGGUAAGGACUAGCCGAGUCCGUCUUGAUGAUAUCCACUACUGGCUAUACCCAGCGACGACGACGUAUACAUGAUUUGCACGUGACCAUCUACAGUAGAGCGCUGGGAGUGAGUAGCUCGUUGAGAUAAGACCAAUACGCAUAAGCUACACGUACGGGAUGAGUAUAGUGACGAUUUCCAAAUUUUCAUUUCUAGUUUCGUCCCUUCUUUUUUAAUAAACUGAAACAGUAGAGGUGGUAACUUUUAUUCAGCCCGUUGACUAUAUUCUACUUUUGAUGAGACUGCCUGGAAGUGAACUACUGUAAGCCGUCCAAUUGAUGCUAAAGAAACUUAUUCCAAGUACCCAUGUCCUGAGCUAACACACAGUCGUACCCAACAAUCCAUUGCUUGUCCACAUUGUAUGCCGACUGAUGAUCAGAUUUAGCAAAGCUCUACUUUAUCCUGCAGUUUAUUCAGAUCUAUGCGCAGUGACGCUGUGCACCGCUCACAACAGUAACACACCCAGGACAACACAUGCACACUACCAACACCAUCUGCAACCGAAAAGUUUGUAUUGACUAUUGACGCAAGCUGGGGACUGAUGCCAAAGCAUGUGUUCUAAUUUCUAUGACUGGUACUUGCUCUAGGUAUAGCACCAUUUGCAUUCGAAAUGUUCAUAUUGACACAAGCCUAAGACUGAUGUGAAAGCAAGUUUAGUUUAUAUAGCUGACUGGUAUAGAUUCUUCAAGGUCUUGUUUAGUUACGAUUUUAUUCACUUGAUAUCAUAAUAUCAUUGAUAUGACUACAUUCAGUCUUGUAGUUGUUAGUUUUAGCGUAUGCUGUACCUCAUCUGCUGAGCAGUAUAGCUCAUAUUCCUUACCAGGUUUUGGACUUUUUGUGUAACUAUGUCCAAGAAGAGCACGUUUGUCAUUGCCAUUA